ACAAUCAUGGCUACUCAUUAUUACAUCUUGCUUCUGUUGUUCUGCUUCGUUGUUAUUUUCUUGGUUUCUAUGCCUCAUCAAGCCCAUGCCUCCAUGCGUGGCUCUUCAAGCCUAUCCAAGAUUGUCUUGGAUCCUCCAGCAGUUGGUAUAUGUGCUUCUUCUGUUACGAUUCAUGGUUACAAAUGCCAAGAAAUUGAAGUGACAACGAAAGACGGAUAUAUACUUAGCCUGCAAAGAAUACCGGAAGGUCGGGCUGGUGGUGGUGGAAAUACUAAGAGGCAGCCAGUUAUAAUACAGCAUGGUGUUCUUGUGGAUGGAAUGACAUGGCUUUUGAAUUCACCGGAGCAAGAUUUACCAUUGAUAUUAGCUGAUAAAGGGUUUGAUGUUUGGAUUGCUAACACUAGAGGAACCAGAUUUUGCAGGCGACACACCUCUCUCCAACCAGAUGACCCGGAAUUCUGGAAUUGGUCAUGGGAUGAAUUGGUAGCCUUCGAUCUACCAGCAGUUUUUGAUUAUGUGUACGCCCAUACUGGGCAGCAGAUACAUUACGUGGGUCAUUCCUUGGGUACUCUGAUAGCACUGGCAUCAUUCUCAGAAGGGUUACUGGUGGACAAGGUGAAAUCAGCUGCCUUGUUGAGUCCUAUUGCUUACUUGAGCCAUAUGAACACUGCCCUCGGUGUUAUUGCAGCUAAAGCCUUCGUUGGUGAGGUCACUACACUAUUUGGUCUUGCUGAGUUCAAUCCUAAAGGGGAGCAAGUAGGACUAUUCCUCCAAGCUCUGUGUGCUUAUCCGGGGGUAGACUGCUAUGAUUUGUUAACUGCAGUUACAGGCCACAAUUGUUGCCUUAAUGCUUCCACGGUCGAUCUCUUCUUGAUGAAUGAGCCUCAAUCCACUUCUACCAAGAACAUGGUUCACUUGGGUCAAACUGUACGAGAUGGGGUGCUAGAAAAGUACAACUAUGGGAAUCCGGAAUAUAACAUGAUGCAUUACGGAGAAGCGACACCUCCAAUCUACAACCUGUCGAACAUUCCUCGCAGCCUUCCUAUAUUCAUGAGCUAUGGAGGACAAGAUGCUCUUUCUGAUGUUCGAGAUGUUCAGCAAUUACUAGACAGUUUCAAGUACCAUGAUGUCGACAAGCUCACUGUUCAGUACAUUAAGGAUUAUGGUCAUGCGGAUUUCAUUAUGGGGGUGAAUGCUAAAGAUAUUGUGUUUAAUCAAGUCUAUUCAUUUUUCAUGCAUCAACACUAAGUUUUGACAGACAGACAGACAAAGCCUUUAUGUAUCAAAAUCAAUGUUUACUAAA